AUGACUCAGGGCGCCGAUCACGGUCCGAAAGUUUGGGACCAGGGGAUUGAAGCGGAGACUAUGUCCGGGGGAACUAGAGCAACUCCAGAGACAUUGUGGAUUUUUAAUGGGGAGUUGAGGUCUGGUCUCGGCCUGAGGAUCGGUAGUCCAGAACACUCUGACUGGAUACUGAGGCUGUGUAACUCACAGAGGUGGGAUGGAGACAUCAAGAGGGACAGACCAAGAGCUGAAUCGAAGAGCGGCGACCUCCUUCUUUAUGGUUGUCGGAUACCUGCCGAAGCCACUUGUCAUGACUUGCAUCUUGGCGGAGUUGCCAAGGGCUUUGACUAG